AUGCUACAACAACCUAUUGCUAAAGAAUAUAGAAGGUUUAUUGACUUUCUAAAACAACAUGAAAAAGAUGAAGAAUUUGAAAAGAAAUAUUUCCAAUUAAGAAUAGUAAAACCUGGACCAAACGAUGAUAGGAAUGAGGCUGUACCAAUGAAUCCUAAUGAAGUAGCAUUUAUUUAUGAUACUACAGAUGGGCAUAUUCCAAAAAUGAAUAUAUUACUCACAUAUAAGCUAAAUAAACAGAAUCAACCCAAAUUAACAAGUAUAUAUAGAAAUCAUCCAUUACUUGAUUCCUUAACAUACUCAGUGUUAUUUCCAAGUGGAAAAACAACGUUUGAUGCUGAAAAGAGAAAAAAUAAUAUGUUGACGUAUCCUAGCCGUCAGGGAAUACAUUAG